GUAUUUCAGUGAACUCUAGCAGCUUAACAUCAUAAAAAUGAGUUUUUGGCUUAUAGUAAUAUGGACCGCUUUAUCUACCCUGCUGGGUUAUUUAAGAGUCAAAUACAACUAUUGGGAAAUGAAUGGCGUAAAACAAUUAAAACCUCAUUUUCUAUUUGGACACAUUUUCAAACUGAAAUCCAUGCAUCAUACAGAAGUACUGCAAGAGGUAUACGAUACCUUUAAGGGUAAAGCAAAACUAGCGGGCAUUUACUUUUACACCAAACCCAUAGCGGUUAUACUAGAUUUAGAUUUGGUUAAGGCAAUAUUGAUAAAAGAUUUUUAUAAUUUCGAGAAUCGUAUGGAAUAUAAAAAUACAAAGGACCUAUUAUCAACUCAUCUCUUUAAUGUCGAGAGAACGGUGUGGAAACCAUUGAGGCAAAAAUUAACUCCUACUUUUACCUCGGGAAAAAUGAAAUUUAUGUUUCCCACUAUAAGCAACCUAACACAGGAACUAAAGGAGGCCUACGAAAGAAAUAUCGAAGAAUUUGGCGACAAGGGUGUUAAUAUGUAUGAUCUUAAUGCACGCUAUACCACGGAUGUAGUGGGUACUUGUAUUUUUGGCAUUGAGUGUAAUAGCUUAAAAGAUCCCUCUGUGGAAUUUAGACAGAUUUGUUCUAAAGUCUUUGGACGCACUAAUUUCAAUAUACGCUGGCAUAUGUUUAAGCUUACUUAUGCUAGGUUAAUGCAAUUCAUGGGUUCCAAGCGGUUUCCACAAUUUAUUGAAGACUUUUUUAUGCGUGUGGCCAGAGAUUCAGUUAUAGAACGUGAAAAACAAGGAAUUAAACGUAAUGAUUUCUUGAAUAUUUUAAUUGAUUUGAAAAACACCAAGGAUGAGAAUGGUGAACCCAUGUUGACGUAUGAUCAGAUCGCAGCUCAAUUGUUUGUAUUCUUUGUAGCUGGUUAUGAGACCUCUUCAACGAAUAUGAGUUAUGUGCUAUAUGAAUUGGCACGUCAUCCAGAGAUACAGGAAAAAGUAAGACAGGAAGUGUUGCAGGUGCUAGAGAAAUAUAAUGGAGUGUUGACCUAUGAAGCCAUGAUGGAAAUGACUUAUUUAGAUCAAGUAAUAUUGGAAACUCUACGUCUUUACCCCGCUCUUUCAUAUAUACAACGUGUGUCCCUAAAUGAUUACAAAAUACCUGAUGCCAAUAUAACUUUAGAUAAAGGCACUAAUGUUUAUAUACCCGUUAAAGCCAUACAUUUGGAUCCGGAAAUUUACGAAAAUCCUUUGGAGUUUCAGCCAGAACGUUUCAGUCCUUCCCAAACAGCCUCUAGACAUCCCCAAUCAUUUUUGGGUUUCGGUGAUGGUCCUCGCAAUUGUAUUGGUUUACGUUUUGGUCGCAUGCAGAAUCGUAUUGGUCUAGUUACACUUUUAAAGAAUUUCAAGUUUUCGCCUUGCUCGAGAACCUGUGCUAGCAUACAGUUUUCUGAUCAUAGUAUGGUUAAUAUACCCUUAAAUGGUAUUUAUUUGAAAGUUGAAAAGUUAUAAAGAUUAUAGUUUAUUUUGGUCAUAAAAGACAUUUUGAUUCUUAUGGCUAUGAUUCCAAAAAUUUUAUUAUCUUUUAUUUCUUAAGAUUUUUGUUUUGUUUAACCCCAUAUAUUGAUAAGAAACAAUUUAAACUGAAUAUUAAAUAUAUUACUUUGUGAUAAGUAAAUUUACUUUAUAAAUAUUAA